AAGCGGCAAGUCUCCAUGGCGGCGGCUGCAGCGGCGGGGCCGGUGUUCUGGAGGCGGCUGCUGGGCCUCCUGCCUGGCCGCCCCGGGCUGGCCGCGCUCCUGGGGCGCCUGUCCGACCGCCUCGGCAGGAACCGGGACCGCCGGCGCAGGAGGUCACCAUGGCUGUUGUUGGCUCCUUUGCUGUCCCCAGCUGUCCCCCAGGUCACCUCGCCUCCUUGCUGCCUGUGUCCGGAGGGUGUGCACCGGUUCCAGUGGAUCCGAAACCUGGUUCCAGAGUUUGGAGUCUCCAGUUCUCAUGUCAGCGUGCUUUCUUCACCGACAGAGUUUUUUGAGCUCAUGAAGGGGCAGAUAAAAGCAGCCAGGAGGCGGGUCGUGAUGGCAUCCCUCUACCUGGGCACGGGUCCUUUGGAGCAGGAACUCGUGGAUUGCCUGGAAAGCACUCUGGAAAAGUCACUCCAAGCAAAGUUUCCCUCUGACCUCAAGGUGUCCAUUCUCUUAGACUUCACGCGGGGCUCAAGAGGAAGGAAGAACUCGCGCACGAUGCUGCUCCCCCUCCUGCAGAGGUUUCCAGAACAGGUCCGAGUCUCCCUCUUCCACACACCCAACCUCCGCGGGCUCCUCCGGCUCCUUAUCCCUGAGCGCUUCAAUGAGACCAUCGGCCUCCAGCACAUCAAGGUGUACCUCUUUGACAACAGCGUCAUCUUGAGCGGCGCAAACCUGAGCGACUCCUACUUCACCAACCGGCAGGACCGCUACGUGUUCUUGCAGGACUGUCCCGAGAUAGCCGACUUCUUCACGGAGCUGGUGGACGCGGUGGGGGACGUGUCCCUGCAGUUGCAGGGGGACGACACGGUGCAGGUGGUGGAGGGCAUGGUGCAUCCUUACAGAGGUGACCGGGCUGCUUAUUGCAAGGCUGCCAACAAGAGGGUGAUGGAUGUGAUCAACUCAGCCAGGACCCGCCAGCAGAUGCUGCACACCCAGACCUUCCACAGCGACUCCCUUUUGACCCAUGAAGAUGCAGCAGCUGCUGGUGACCGGAGGCCGGCCCCGGACACCUGGAUUUACCCGUUGAUUCAGAUGAAGCCUUUUGAGAUUCAGAUCGACGAGAUUGUCACCGAGACCCUGCUGACCGAGGCUGAGCGAGGUGCUAAGGUCUACCUCACCACCGGCUACUUCAACCUGACCCAGGCCUACAUGGACCUGGUCUUGGGCACGCGGGCCGAGUACCAGAUCCUGCUGGCCUCACCGGAGGUGAACGGCUUCUUCGGGGCCAAGGGGGUGGCAGGCGCCAUCCCGGCCGCCUACGUGCACAUCGAGCAGCAGUUCUUCAGUGAGGUGUGCAGCCUGGGGCAGCAGGCACGGGUGCAGCUGCAGGAGUACUGGCGGAGGGGCUGGACAUUUCAUGCCAAAGGUACAUGGCAGCUGGCCAGAAGCCGGCCCACACAGGACAGCCGGGGGACAGGCCUCUGGCUGUACCUGACAGGGAGCAGCCUGCCCUGUCUCACGUUGAUUGGCUCUCCUAAUUUUGGGUACAGGUCAGUUCACCGGGACCUGGAGGCCCAGAUCGCCAUCGUGACGGAGAGCCGGGCCCUGCAGCAGCAGCUUCACCAGGAGCAAGAGCAGCUCUACCUGAGGUCAGGUGUGGUGUCCUCUGCCACCUUUGAGCAGCCGAGUCGGCAGGUGAAGCUGUGGGUGAAGAUGGUGACCCCACUGAUUAAGAACUUCUUCUGAGGACAACAGGGAUGGCCUUGAUGAAGAUGACAGGCAUGGCUGGCGUCAGCUCCUUCAGCCGUGCUUCGGCGAUGACUCCGGUCUGGGUGUCCCAGCGAGCUCCUGUGGGGACAGGGCGGCCGUGACAAGAAGGACCCAGCGAGAAAUCAGGUGGAAGACCUAAACAGACAUCUCCCCAGAGGAGACACACAGACGCCCAACAGGCACACAGGAAGGUGCCUGACGUCGCUAAGCAUCAGAGAGAUGCAAAUCAGAAGCACAGCGAGGUACCACCUCCCCCCAGCCAGAACGGCCGUCACUACAGAGUCCUCAGACGGUGAGUGCCGGAGAGGCUGUGGAGGCAAGGAGCCCUCCCGCACCGCUGGUGGGAGUGUGAUUUGGUGCAGCCACCGUGGGGAACAGUAUGGAGGCUUCUUACAAAGUUAAAACAGAGCCACCAUAUGACCCAGCAAUCCCACUCCUGGGCAUGUAUCUGGAAAAGACGGAAACUCUAAUUCAAAAAGACACACCUCAGUGCUCACAGCAGCACUGUUUACAACAGCCAAGACAUGGAAGCCACUUAAGUGUCCAUCGACAGAUAAUUAGAUAAAGAAGAUGUGGUGGAUAUGCACACGAUGGAAUAUUACUCAGCCAUAAAAAUUAAUGCCAUUCGCAUUAUUUGGAUGGACCUAGAGAUUAUCCAUAUAAGUGAAGUCAGUCAGACAAAGACAAAUAUGAUAUCGCUUGUAUGUAAAAUCUAAAAAUACUACAAGUGAAUCUAUAUGUAAAACAAACAGACUCAGAUGCAGAAAGCAAACUCAUGGUUACCAAAGGGGGAAGUGAGGAGGGGGAGGGAUAAAUCAGGAGUCUGGGGUUAACAGACACUACUGUAUAUAAAAUGGAUAAACAGGGACCCACUGUACAGCACAGGGAACUAUGUUCAAUAUUCUGUAAUGACCUGUAAUGGAAAACAGUCUGGAAAAAAAAUGACUGGAUCACUUUGCUUUCCCCCUGAAACUGACACAACAUUGUACAUCAACUAUACUUCAGUUUAAAAAUUAACUGAUUUUAAGAAAAGGAGCGUGAGUGAGACCAACAGCAGGUGGGCAGUGCCGGUCAGCAGAGGGGCCCCCCUUGCCCCCAUCCACAGCCCUUGGCUCUGUCAGAGGCCGUCCUGGGGGCCUCCCAGCAAAUACCUGGGGUGCCCGCUGGGCAUCUGUGCCCCUUGUCCUCACCCGAGGCUGCCAGGGGCCCUCACGUGGCUGUGGCUUCUACUCUGAGUGACCAUCAGCCCAGCUGCCGUCCCCCCAACCCCAGUGUGCUCCGGCCGGGGUGUGAGGGUGUGGGCCCCCCAAGACCAUGUCUUACCUUCUCCUCAAUCUCGCUGGCCGUGUGUUUGGUGGUUUCCAGAUUCUCUACUAGGGCAGUGUCCCCCAGGAAGCUCCCCGACGCGGCUGACAGCCGGGCCAGCAGGGAGUCUUCCAGUGCCUUCAGGACAAUCUUAAAUUCAUUUUGUGACUUGGUGAGGUUUGCCUGCAGGAGAGGCAGAGACCCCGGCAGGGAAAUCAGUCACAGCCUGGCCUCCCCUGUUGGGGGGCCCCUCUACAGCUGCGACAGGGCCCCAGGACUCGGACCGGGAGGAACACAGCAAGCCUGGACGAACGGGUCAGGAGUGGGACCUCCAGAACGGCCUGGGACCCCUGUGAGCCCACGUGAGUGGCUCGGACCGCCAAGAGUGUUUACCCCACUCUGGCUGCACGUCUCACUCACCGGGAGCCUCUGCAGAAACGCUCUAGCCUGGGCUCCACCCCAAAGCCAUUAACAUCACAAAGACCCAACACACCUAUUCAGAACAUCCUCGGAGCUCCUAACAGGGCCCAGGUGGGAACCAGGUCUGCUAAUCCACUGUUGGGAGGUGCUCGCUCCAGCUCCCUGCCCUGCUCUCCCCUCCUACUGGCCAAGUUCACUUUUGGGGGGCCUUUAACAUCACCCCCUGGGUAUCAGCACUCAUUCUGGGCCGUUCUCAGAGUCUUGGAUAUCAGCAUAUUUAUCUGCCUCCUCCGUUUCGGGCUUCUGCGUGCACCUGUGUUUACCCGUGGCUCCGAUCAACUCUGACCUUUACAUCUGUUAAGUUGACCUGAUGUUUCUAAUAUCGGAGUAAUACAAGCUCAAUGUAUCAACCAAUGACUGGAUGAACAAAAUGUGGCAGCUGCACAUGAUGAAAUAUUAUUCAGCCACAAAAAAAGCACAUAGUACAGAUGCUCGCUCCAACUCAGAGGAACCUUGAACACAGCACAGAGAGACGCCAGCCGAGAACAGACACCUAUUGUAGGAUCCCAUUGAUACGAACCGCCCAGAACAUGCAGAUCCCUACGGACAGCAGACUGGUGGCUUCCGGGGGCUGGGGGUGGGGACGUGGGGAGUGAGUGCUUAAAAAGUAAGGGGCUCCCUCUGGGGUGAUGAGAGUGUUUUGGAACAAGGUAGGGGUGAUGGCUGCACAACACUGUGAAUGUCCAAAAUGCCACUGAACUGGUCACUUUAAAACGGUUAAUUUUACAUCAUAGGACUCUCACCUGAAUAGAAAGGAAUAGUAAUACAACUCAAGGCUGGCAAAAUGCAUAGAAGCAGAAACACAGAACACGACCGUUAAGGAGCGCCCUCUGCAGGUCCAGAGGCCAGACCCCACCCCUGAGGACGCCGAUGCGGGUGAAACCCCAGAGCAGACCCCGCAACUCACUUUCCCUUUUUGAUCGUGUUCCUGCCCAGCAGAGGGUCCAGCACGGGGUCCACAGUCUCGCCAAUGUUCUCAAUGAGCAAGGUGUCGCCUUCUGAGAUGGCCUGCUCGAUGAUGUCCAGGGGAGCUCCGGGCUUCUCCAGAAAUCAGCCCUGGGCUGGCAGGAGUUGAGGUGAAAACAGAGCCGCGUGUGACUGUGGAGCCAGACAGUCCACGUCUGCGUCCCCUCCCAUCGCCCAGCUGCAUUGUGGCCACUGUUUCUCGAGAGGAGGGGAGGUGGAUGGUGGCCUGCAGCGCCCCCGGCCGGCAGGACCAACCCAGCAGAGCCCAGCUGGGCGUCCACGAUGAGGGGCCAGCGCUCCGUGUUGCACAGGAUGGUGGCGUUCUCCGUGGACAUGCGGUCGCUGGGGAGCCCCUGGUUGUUCCAGGUGGCCACGUCCGCAUCGUCGGUCAGCAGGCUCAAGGGGUCCAGACCCUCCGUGAUCGGGAUGGGGGCCUGCCGAGGGGGCGACACGGCCUGACUCAUCGCUCGACGGAAAACAGCUCUCCCGGUAACCCUGCUAUUAGAUGGUGGCUGCUGGGCCACCUGAAGGUGGUGGGGGGCAGGGGGCGAAGAUGGCGUCUCCCUGAUGGAGCAGCUGGGAACCCAGCCAGAGAGGAUGUCGGCAUGGGCCACACUGGGCCACUGGCUACACCCCGAAUGGCUGGCUGGAGCCUCCGUCGCAGGAGUGCAGGCGCUGAUGUCACCUGGACACUGAUGCUAGCUGACCACAUCACCCGCGGGCGGAGGAUGCUGCCUGGACGUCACUGAGCACACGCUUUGGGCUGGAGGAAGCCGGGUGGUGGCCACCUGGCCCUGCACAGAGUGCAAACCCCGGGAGUCUGAGAGCGCCGACACAUUUAUGAAAGUGUGGGUGCCUGACGAGGCCCCCUGAGGUCUGUCUUCAGCAUCAGCCAAGCAGCCCUUCCUCCCAUGGACCAAAAAACCAUUCUGUCUGGACAGAGGGGAGUCCACAUCCCGCUGGAGGCCAGUCAUGCAGCCUGGGGACCUCCCAGGGUCCCCCACAUCACACUGACAACAACCACUCAGCGGUCGCCAACCCAUGGGAGAGGAGAAAACACAACCAGAAGCCACACCCUGGAACUGGCGCCACCCCCUGCCCUGUGCCAGGCUCCCAGCCUCGCUUUUGAAAGUAUGAAAAGAAAGCCCUGAAGCUGUGCUGCCCACUGGGCGGCUGCAAGCCACACGCGGUUGCCUGGGCUGUGGCGGGCCUGAGCUGAGACGGGCCGUAGGCAUAAACACACGGACUUUGGGGCUCAGAGCCAGAGCAGGCACGUGAACCCUCUCAGUGAUCAUUCUUACAUUGAUUGAUCUGCGUCAGAACGAUCAGAUUUGGGUUAAGUCAAAUAUAGCAUCAACAUUGAUUCCGUUUCCCUGUGCGGUUUCAAGGUGCCUACUGGAAACCUGUACCCGUAUAAACCAUAAAACAGAAGCGUGCUGAGAUGACCCUGGAGACGCUGUGCACGUGGUUGAGAGUGGGCCCUAGCGGGACCCCACCCAAAAUGAGCCUCAGUGGACACCAGGUCCCAGGAAGCCCUGGGGAAGGUCGUGUUUCCUGAAGAUCACCGAGUAGGUCCCAUGUGGAGGGUUACCAGCUCCCAGAUGGGGAGGCGCCAGUUAACAAUUAGUGGGUUUAUUCUCAUGACUUUGUGCUGAAAAAGUGGGGGUUGUGGCAUUGAUGCCUCAACCUCGGGCUUAUCCCCUGUGCCCCCCACAAGAGCCAUUCUGUGGGCUCGUCCCUUUCAAGGGGUCUAGGGACAGGAGGGGGCCUGCGGGACUGGGGGCAGGGGGAGCAAGGCACCUGUUAGCCAACGAGAUCACCCUAUUGGUGGAGUCUGCCUCCUGCUGACACUUGAUUUUCUCCGCAGUUGCUUUUUCAAACGCUGAUGUCAGGUUGCUAAGGUUGGCAUUGAGUUCCUGGAGGAAUAAGACGGAAAGGCCCUGAAAUGAGGGGUCCCCAUGGGGCCGGAGGGCACGGAGCACAGGACACGGGCCGCCUCCUGGGGUGAUCGGGGCCCAAUGUCAGCCUGCAGGCUCUCUCUCGCCCCUGAAUGACUCAUGGCAGAGACCGAGCCAACCUCUUUUAAAGGGAGACAUGGACUGGCCUGCGCGCAGGGGCUCCGGGGCUCACGGGGGCGGGCUGGGCACGCACUCACCGCGAUCUUAUUUUUGAUGCGGGAGAGCUUCUCCUGUGCUUCUGCCAGCUCGGCAUUGGCCUCCUCCAGCGCCUGCCUCUUGGGGGCCACGUCGCAGUAGACCUCGUAGAAGCGCACGAUGUUGAUGCACCAGGAGCACAGGCCCGCGGCGGCCGUGGAUUUGGAGCGGACGAACUCGGGGUCGAAGGUGGGGUUGCCCUGGUAGGGCCUGGAGGGGGACAGUGGGUGACGGGGGCCAGUCCCUUCCCAGCUCUGUGACCAUCAGCGGCUCUGGCCCAGAUUAUGAGCCAGAGCAGGGGGAGCAUGUUUAACUUUCUUUUGCAUCUUAACAAUUACAUUAAGAAGAAAAGAAUGAAAGAAUUCUGGCCUUUGAAGUAGAAUUUGGGGUGUGCACGGGAACAGGAAGUUGUGAUUUACAGUCCCAUGUUCUAGAUGAUGGAAGAAAACCAGCAUUUCUUUAA